AACAGUGUGGCUGAUUCAGCUGAUUUCUUAGUUUUUCACUUGAGUGUUGUUUUACAACGUGUAAACUAUCAUGGAAAACCAGCAGACCCCGAGGCAGAUCCGGAAAGAAGUGGCAUUGGUCGAAAGAAAUAAGCAUAUCAAGGGCAAGCUGGAAUUCAUUAGAAUACUCUGUGCUACGCUGUUGGAAAAGGCGAUAGAGGAGAGUCUAGGCUUAUAUGAUAUCUUCGAACUGACUGAAAACAGCCUAGAAGGAAACCUUUUAGCUUCUGUGUGGUAUUCUAUUCUGCUUUGUAUCGGCUGCACGAAACAGCAACUUUCAGGUAUUAAAAACUGCAUCGUUCAUCAUUACGAUACAAGCAAAAAUGUGGAGUUUGAUCUGAUGCUUGCCAUGACAGAGAUAGCAAUAAAAAUAGACGAAGAAGAUUUCCAGAUAUACACAUCACACCCAGAAUUUCCUGAUGCAUCAUCAAAAGUUGAGUUUCUUCAAGCUUUACACACGAAUGGUCAUUUAAAGAAAGAAAAGGUUUUGCUGUUUCGAUCACAACUACAGAAGGCCGAUUGCCCAGAGCUGCACACACCACUCACAAAUUUCUGUGAUAAACACGGGAUAGAAGCAUCAAAAAUAGCUGUGCCGAACAAAAAAUACAAACGUUGCUGUAAGAAAUUCAAUAAAAUUAAAGUUCCAGUAUCGAUUUUUAUUGUAGCGAUUAUAUUGAUCCUAUUGGCUGGUGGUGCAAUUGCAUUAUAUUGCAUCUAUAAAAACAAUUAUGUUCCUAGACCAGAGAAAGUUACCGUGCCUGUGGGUUCUAUAGCAUCGCUCUUUUAUAACAAAUUUUUUGUCGACAAGGUAGAUCUCGUUUGUGAAAAUUGUGAUGCCAACAAUGCUGUGAGUGUUUAUGUUGUUCCAGAGGGUGAACUAUCUUAUAAUCCUGUAGUCAUUCCAAGAACGCUAUUAAAGCAAGAAACUGCUCCAAAUAAUCAACGGUUUGAAAUAUCUUAUAACAAAACUACUCUCUUGUGUAAUCCAAAUGGCAAAGCAAAGUUUGAAUUCGACAUUCAAUGGAACGGAAAUACACAAGAAACAUGUCCAGCACAGCUUUAUUUGUUUGACUCCAAAAGCUCAAUUGCUACUUUUGUGAGGAAUAACGAUAAGCAAUAUCCUGGAAAUGUCAGCUAUGCCGCUGAUACUACUGGGUGUCUUGAACCUGGUAAAAAAACUGUUUCUUUCAAACUCCUCCCUAACACAAUGUAUCAUAUUGGCUGGUACGUCUCACAAUCUGUCGAGUACAGCAUUUGGUUAUCAGCUAAUUUAACAAGAUAUGAUAUUAGUGGGCUUCGAGAGAAUUGCACUAUUGCUUCUUCCAAACCAAUUACAUGCUCAAUAACUCACACUCGAUAUCCAGCCAAAAAGGGAAACGUAUCUCUCCUUUUCAGCACCACAAGUACAUCACCAAAGACUGUUAAUGCCACUUCAGUAUUAGUUGAGUGGAAUCUUCCACAAUUGAUUGGUGUCACAUUUUUUCCAGGAAUAGGAGUAUUAGUAAUUAUAGUAGCAUUGUUCGUAUGUGUCGGUUUCCGUUGUCAAAAAAGGAGGAUCACGAUAAACACUGCAACGGGUGAAUAUGGUGCUUUGCAAAAUAGAUAGUAAUUUUAAUAAAUUAAAUUUUUAAGUUUAAUAUUUUUGUACAGUCUUUUAUUGC